CAAAAAAAGGGUUUCCACACAUUAAAUGUUCCUCACUGUGUCAUAUGCGCAUGCGCCACAUAAACACUGCGGGCUGCAAGUUUGCGCUGGCUCAGACAGCAGCUGACAUUCCGGUCACCAUGGCAACCGGGUUGGCGUCACUGGUCUCUACGCUCGGACCAGAUUCAUGACGUCGCGCAUGUACUAGAAGACGGUACGGAGUGUCGGACUCCCGAGAGCGUUUACAUUCACGGAAAAUAAAUCGAUGUUCGAGUCCCUCUCAAUGGGUUGUCGACGCCGGAGGUUUCGCAGAGCUGGACCAGAGCAACAGACCCCCACCGAGCCGCUCCGCUAACGCUACCCCGGCCACCACCACCAUGGCUGAGGAUGAAAGUGAAUGGAUCGUGGAGAGCAUCGUCGGCUAUCUGGGGAGUCCGGAGUGGGUCAUUCCUGUCACGGACUUUAUGGAGCACAAAUGCACGGUGUUUGAUGAUGAAGAUGAAAACAAGUUGUCAUACACAGAAAUCCACCAGCAGUAUAAGACAUUGGUGGAGAGGCUGUUAGAGAAUUACAUGCGGGAGGUUGGCAUCAACGAGCAGCAGUUUCUGGACGCAUGCAGCUCUCCAUUUGCCAAGUCCAAAACUCUCCAGACAGUGUUCCAGCCCGUUCUGGCUACAGACGACUUCCAGAUGUUUCGCUCCCUUAUGGUCCAGAAGAACUUGGAGCUGCAGCUUCAAGCUCUCAGGGUCAUAAAAGAAAGAAACGGGGCUCUUCCAGAGUGUUUGACAGACGGUGUGGAUGUGAUGACGGAGUUACAGCAGCAGGAAAUGAAAAUCCUUGAGGAAGUUCUCAAAAAGUCCAAAGAAGAGUACGAGUUGGAAAUGUCCAGGAGGCAGCUAUUAGAAGAAGAGGUCGGUUCCACUUCCAGCAGCUGUUCUGAGAAAGCAGCGGCUGAACUUGAGGAGGACAAGAGCCCCACAUCUGCCCACAGGAGCAGCACCUCCAAGAUCACCAGCAGUCCUCCUAGAGACGACAGUGAGGAAGCUGAGAAGAAAAGCGUAUCUAAGAACGGCUCUGCUUCCAAACCCACAUCAGAUUGUGGCAACAACGGCGCACAGCCCCGAGUGCUUCCAGCCGUCAGAGCUCCAGCGAGGUCCAGCGAGCCCUCCAGCACCAACGGCACUCACACUAAAGAGCAGAGCAGCAGCCCAGCUGCAGCCAAGGCUUACCUGGAGGAGGCGUGCAGGGAAGCUGGCUUCUCUAAGGGAUACACGGAGUUGUCAGCAUCGCAGCAGGAGCAGCUCCAGCAGAGGGCGGCAUAUCUGCGUGAGCAGCGGGACAAGCUGCAGGCUUUGAAAAAACACCAGCAGAAACCCAAUCAGACGACCUCGCAAGAAGAACCGCCAGCCAGCUCCACGCCGUCUCCCACUCCGGAGCAGUCCCAGAGGAACGGGACCAGUUCUCCUCCUCCUCCUCUUCCUCUUCCUCUUCCUCCACCACCACUAUCUGCUAACUCCUCCAAGCAGAAGGAGCUGUCUGCAGAGGAGAAGAAAAGGCUGCAGAAGAGAAAACAUCUGGCCGACAAGCUGAAAGAAGAAGUCAUUAAAAAAUAAUCCGAUGCAACGACCAGAAACUUUAUCCAGUAAUCCGUCACAACUUCCCUCACUAAAGUACCUCACCUGCUAAUCCUUUUUUUACUCAAGAUUUUAAGAAGCCAAGCAUCAUGUCUGUUCAGUUAUUUUGUCUUUAGUGCAAAAAUGUACAUAUUGUAUAAUACCUAUUGUAUUUGUAAGAUAUAGACCCCACAGAAAUGUAGGAAAAUGCUCCCUACAAUCACAAGUCCAAGUAAAUAUUUUUGUCUUUAAAGUUACAUUUAAGAAAGCAAUAGAUGAAUGCACAUUUAUUCAGAUGAUUUAAUGCACAUCUGGUGUCGAUGAGCACUAAAGACCUGGACCUGGAUCUGUGCCCAGACUCGCUUUCCUCGUUUCUUGGAAGUCGAAAUGUCUGGGAGCAGAGCUUCUCUUCACGAGCAUUGUACCAUUUACCUCCAAAGCCAUUGGGAAUCUGUACUCGAUGCAGUUCCAUUACGACGUGUAGUGAUACUUUGUUGAAUAAAAUCACCUUUUUUUUUAGAAAUGA